UUAAAAUGUUACGAAAAGGAUUUGCCACCUUACUUGAGAAGAAAAUUUUAGUGAUAUCGGCUCAAUAUUCUAGAAAGUUGAGCAUUUCUUCUCCUCUUGAACCUGAAGGACCAUCAAUCAAAACAACAGUCCCUGGACCCAAAACCAAGGAGUUGCUAAAAGAACUUUCAGCUUUACAGCAAGCUGAUUCUGUACAGCUAUUUGCUGACUAUGACAAGAGUAUUGGAAACUACUUUGUUGAUGCAGAUGGUAAUACAUUUUUAGAUGCCUUCACACAAAUUUCUUCUGUACCUCUUGGAUACAAUCAUCCUGAGUUGCUCACAACAUUUGAUGAUAAACAUAACUUGAGAGAGCUAAUAAACAGGCCAGCUCUUGGUGUAUUCCCAGGACAAAACUGGCCUGAUCGAUUAAAAAAUGUAUUGAUGUCAGUGGCACCAAACGGUGUCAAUGGAAUUGCUACCAUGAUGUGUGGAUCGUGUUCUAAUGAGAAUGCUUAUAAGACCGUCAUGAUGUGGUACCGUAACAAGCAACGAGGUGGUAAUGUUGAUUUUACACCCGAAGAGCUCGCGACUUGCAUGCUUAAUCAACAACCAGGUUCACCAAAUUUAUCCAUUUUGUCUUUUAAGGGAGGUUUCCAUGGACGUACAUUUGGUGCAUUGUCCACAACGAGGUCAAAAUCAAUACAUAAAUUGGAUUGUCCUGCAUUUGAUUGGCCUGUCGCUCCCUUUCCAAGAUAUAAAUAUCCCCUCGAUCAACAUGUAUCUGAGAACCAACAGGAAGACGCCAAAUGUUUAGAACAAGUAGCAGAUGUUAUUGAGAAGUAUAAUAAAAAUGGUAACCCUGUAGCUGGUAUAAUAGUGGAGCCCAUCCAAUCUGAAGGGGGUGAUCAUGAGGCAUCACCGGAAUUCUUUCAAAAACUACAGAAGAUAUGCCAAUCAAAAGGAGUUGCAUUGAUCAUAGACGAAGUUCAAACUGGGUGUGGACCGACAGGCAAAAUGUGGUGCUAUGAACACUUUAACUUGCCCUCCCCGCCCGAUGUCGUGACAUUUAGUAAGAAAAUGCUGACAGGUGGAUUUUACUUUAACACUGAGUUCAGACCACCUCAAGCCUACCGAGUAUUCAACACAUGGAUGGGUGAUCCAGGAAAACUUAUCUUACUGGAGAGAGUAUUAAAGGUGAUAAAGUCUCAAAACUUACUGAAUGUCGUUAAUGAGAGUGGAAAGACUCUUAAAAAUGGUCUACUUGAACUUGAGAAGGAAUUUCCACACCUCAUAAAUAGCGUUAGAGGACGUGGUACAUUUUUAUCCUUCAAUGCACCAACGACUGAUUGCAGAGACAAAAUUAAUGCUGACUUAAAGAAAAACGGUAUUCUUAGCGGCACAUGUGGAGAGAUUGCCAUAAGGUUACGCCCGGCACUUAUUUUUCAACCAAAACACGCGGGCAUAUACUUGGAUAUACUGCGUAAAACUUUGAAAAAUAUCAACUAAUUUUCUAUUUAGUACAUUCAAAAUCUAAUGUUGCCUAGAAUGAAUAAUGCUUUUAAAACCUAUAUAUAAUGAUUGUGUUAGGCAAAAGUAAGUAUAAAAGUAAAAACUUAAAACCUAUAAUUUAACUUUUUAAAGGUUCUUUUAUAUUUUCUACAUCAACAAUCAUUGAGAAACCUAAAGUAAAAAAUUGGCCAAAGUUAGUAGUAGUAGAUGAUUCGUAGUUUCGGACUUGAUGCGCAAAGCAAAACUUUGCUGAUAAAAAUCUUGUAGAGUCCGUUAUAUAAUUAGUUAAAAAAAUUAUUUAAUUCUGUAUCUAAAUAUGUCAAAUAUGAGUAGGAUUAUUUUAGUCUAAAUUCUAUGGUGCCAUUUAGCUAUAAUAUUAACUCACCUUUGUCUUCCAAUAAUGUUAAAAUAAAUAAUGUUAAGAU